CUGUAGCUCCUUCAACAGCAGAGCCUACAACUACACCAUUAGUCUCCACCAUAACAACUACAGCAUCCACUAACACCAGCAAAGUCGAAAUGGAGAUUAUUUGCUUAGAGGACAGUAUCCAUAUUGCGCUGGCCAAGAAUGGUAAAAUUGCAUUAAAUGAAGAUUACCUGCAACUGAGUGACCCUAAUUGCACUCUGUCCUCAAAUGGCACUCACCUGCUAGCCAACAUAACUCUCACUGGCUGUGGCACUCAGAUGGAGGAUGACGGCACACAUCUCAUCUUCAAGAAUAUGAUUUUGUCGACCCACGACCCGCGUGCUGUCAUAGUUAGGGAACCUGAUGUGGAUAUUGAGUUCCUUUGCAAGUAUCCCAAGCGGGAGAACGUGACCCUGGGUUAUAUUGCCCAUAGGCCCCCCGUGACCUUCACACAGAGGGGCUUCGGAACGUUCACCUACCAGUUCGAGUUCUAUGAGUCAGGGGCUUUUGCGCAGCAGAAGGAUCCAAACUCCUACCCGUUGGAGUUUGAUGUCGGCGAGAUGAUGUACAUGCAGAUUGAGUCCAUCGUUGACGUCCCCAACACUGAACUGUUUGCUGAAACCUGUAGGGCUACACCCACUAAUAAUCCCCACGACAGAAUUUCUUACCCCAUCAUUCUAAAUGGAUGUAAGGCAGAUGAAACUGUCCAGAUCAUUAUGAACAGUAAUCAUUCAAAGAUCCAGUUUGCAAUGGAAGCUUUCAAGUUCUUAGGUCAUCAUGACCAGGUAUUCAUCACCUGCUCAGUAGUCCUCUGUGAGGUCGGGAGCGAUAGCAGGUGUGCACAGGGCUGCAUCCCGGGGCAUGGGGUGAGAAAGAGAGAGGCGACCAACAUAAGUUACAGCUCAGGACAUCGGAUCCACAAGAGGGACGUCCCCAUGGAGAUCUCAAGCCACUUCGUCUCGCACCCUCACAGACUUAGUAAGAGAGACGUCCUAUACCAGACAUCUGGCCAUUUUGUGUCCCAGGGUCCCCUACGUGUCCGAGGACAAGAGGCUGACAGCCCAGUGGCCAAUGAACUGAACAGCUACCUUGCAUUUUCUGUUGGCUGUCUGCUUGCAGCUGUUGCCUUGGUUUGCGCUGUGAUUAUAUAUAGGACUCCAAGACCAAACCAUGAAAUGGUGUGAAAUCAUCACACAAGAAUUAGGUUGUAUUGAUGAAAUGCCCACCCUGUACACCAAAAUAAAAGUACCAAUACAAAGAGACACAUUUUGUGGAGCUUUGCGACUUAAUAAAGUUUAAGGAUAACUUCA